AUGACCAAUGUUCAGGCCUGGAACAAGAUGGAAGACCUCCACAGGCGAGGCCUGGUCCGCUCCAUCGGUGUCAGCAGCUUCCGCUCGGAAGACAUUGAGGAAUUGGCGAAGAUGUGGACCUUCAAACCCUCUAUCAACCAGAUCGAGGUCCAUCCUUACUGCUUCCACGACCCCCGCAUGCUGAAGAUGGCGGAAACAUGCAAGAAGUACGACAUUGCCAUCUCCCCCUUCACCUCAUUGGCACCGAUCACGAGGUUCUCGGGGGGACCUGUUGAUGGUGUCGUCAAGCGUAUUGGUGAUGCGAAGGCGAUCAGCUCAGCUCAGGUGUUCCUAUCAUGGGCCAAUGAGCGUACCGGAGGCGGCCCUAUCAUCACGACCGCUUCGAAAGAGUGGCAGUAUCAGCAGAUCCUUGACUCGAUCGAUGUGGAACUUGCGCAUGCUGAACUCGCGGACAUCGACAAUGCUGGCCGAAAAGGGGGAAUUAAGGGCAAAUAUACUUUACCAGAUUGGGAUGCGCUAUGA